UGAACCCCAAGAGGAAGCCCAACGUGAACCCCAAUGUGAACCUCAACGCCAACGUGAACCCCAAAAUGAAGCCCAACAUGAACCCCAACAAUGCCAAUGUGAACCUCAAAAUGAAGCCCAACAUGAGCCCCAACAACGCCAACGUGAACCCCAACAUGAACCCCAACAUGAACCCCAACAAUGCCAAUGUGAACCCCAAAAUGAACCCCAAUAUGAACCCCAGCAACGCCAAUGUGAACCCCAACGUGAACCCCAAAAUGAACCCCAACCCCAAUGUGAACCCCAACGUGAACCUCAGCGUGAACCCCAACAGUGCCAAUGUGAACCCCAACAUGAACCCCAAUGGGAACCUCAACGCCAACGUGAACCUCAACAUGAACCCCAACAAUGCCAAUGUGAACCCAAAAACGAACCCCAACAUGAACCCCAGCAACGCCAGUGUGAACCCCAAUGUGAACCCCAAAAUGAACCCCAAGAGGAAGCCCAGUGUGAACCCCAAAAUGAACCCCAACAUGAACCCCAGCAAUGCCAAUGUGAACCCCAAUGUGAACCCCAAAAUGAACCCCAAGAGGAAGCCCAACAUGAACCCCAACAUGAACCCCAAUGUGAAGCUCAACACCAAUGUGAACCCCAAAAUGAAGCCCAACAUGAGCCCCAACAACGCCCAUGUGAACCCCAACAUGAACCCCAACGUGAACCCCAACGUGAACCCCAACGUGAACACCAACACCACCAAUGUGAACGCCAACAUGAACCCCAACACGAACCCCAACGUGAACCCCAACAGGAACCCCAACAUGAACACCAACAACACCAAUGUGAACCCCAACAUGAACCCCAACGUGAACCCCAACAACGCCAACGUGAACCCCAACAUGAAGCCCAACAACGCCAACGUGAACCCCAAAAUGAACCCCAACAACGCCAACGUGAACCCCAACGUGAGCCCCAACGUGAACCCAGACUCCGUGGGGAAAUCCCAUAGAGAUGUUGGCUUGGUCAACCCAUAG